AACUCCAAAUAACCUCCAUGUGAUCAGUUCACUGCAUAGGGUAUGAACAAAUAGUGUUUAGUACACUUUUUAUGCAACAGGAAGCAAUUUGGUAUUCAGCCAGAGGUCGAACUACGUUGGGACGCCGUUUGCGGAAGUUACGUCAAAGGAUGAGUGCUGGAAUGCGGUGUUUGGAUGUUUAUCAGGCCUGCUUAGAACAUCGGCUUCAGCAAGGAGAGUGUGAUCCUGUGUGCCGAGAUGAAGAACUGUGUAAGGAAGUUGAGACACGUUUGUCCGAAUGCAGUCUCCAAGACUUUCACUCUCAGCUUGGGUUAGACCUGCUGUCAGUGAUGGAAGUGUCCCUUCGAGCAUCAAACCAAACACAGGGCCAAAAUAGACUCAAAAGUCUGGUGAAGGCGUUUGAAGUGCUCGAGCUUGCAGCUCUAAAUCUCUAUUUGUGUCCAUGGCGGAAGGAGUACAAGGUGGUGAAGAUGUUCUCGGGUAUGUUUACUCACUGCAUCAAACCUGCUCUGACAGCACAGCAAGCUAAAGAGCUAUUUGCAUUACUCGGAUACCAGCCAGUGAGCGGCAAUGAAGAGGAGCUUCGACUAACAACAAAACCGGUUCAUUCGCACAACCUGCUCCAGCUGGCAUGCAGUUUCUUCACCGCUCGUAUAGAGUGCCAGCUGCUGCUUACUGCCUCAAACUCCUUGGGUGGCAGCAUUGAGUGGGUGCUUCAGCUCAUUCACGAAAGAAAGCAUGGCUGCAAUUUUCAAAAGGCACUGGACAGUGCAAAGGCAAAGCUGGAGCUCCAUGCUACAUGUGAUCCACCAUUAGCUCUAGAUACAACUCUAGACCUAUACACAGAUGACAGCCUGGCAAAGCACAGUCACAUGGCUUCACCACCCAGCCUCCUGUACAUUCCACCUAGUACAGAUGCCUUAACACAUAAGAUGUCCCCCAGUAACAUUUCUCGAUCAAACAAGGAGGGGAAUGAAAUCAAGGCACAGACGACCUCCAUCUCAUCCCUUACCUGUCACAUCAAUGCAACACCACAGAAGGCCAACGCGAACCUCAAGCCAUAUGAAAAUAAAAGACAAUUUACAGCAAUACGGAAUGCCCAGCAUAAUGCGUCAAAAGAAGGACAACGUGUGUGCGAGUGCAUAAAGUCACCUGGCUUGUAUCUUAAGCAAUGCCUUCAGUGUGAGGAAAUACAUAGUAUGUAUUGUUCUUGUUUUCAGAACUGUAUAAAACUAGGGCAUGAGGUAAAAUCUAUAGAGAUGCACAUGAUGGAUGCACAAUCCCAGAGCAGACCACCAAAAGAUGAUUUAAAGCAACACGGCUGCAUUACCGAACCCAGCAUCGAUAGUGUCAUUGUGUGCCACGAUUGUCAUUAUAUUCAUGAUUCAAAAUGUGAGGAACUUGGAAUGUGUUACUACACAAACCAUAAUGUGCAAAAUACUGGAAGGUUACAGCCAGCUCAUGUAGAAAAAGGAGUGACUGCUCAUACAUGCAUACACGAAGAUAAAGAACAAGGAGUCUGUCAUACGUGUAACAAAUCCCACAGUUUACUUUGCAGUGACCUACGGGUCUGCCAAAUGUCUGCCCACAAGGUGGCAUACCUGCCAGAAAAUAACGAAAAAGCCAAACCUGUGCCUUUGCAUCAGUGCUGUACAUCAACCAAACCAAAGUUUGCCUGCCUCACAUGCAGGGUUUUCCAUGCCCUUUCCUGUGAAGAUAAUCAUUGCCAAGGACAGCAUGAAGUGCACAAUCUUAAAAACACAUGCUGUGUGUGCUCAGACCCUGAGCUUUACAUUUUGUGUAGGUACUGCUUUACCCAAAUUUGCAAAAAAUGUUGGUUUAAGGACCCCCUGGAUUGCAGAUGUGGCAUGCCUUUUGAUAUCACUGCCGUUUAAAGGAGUGACUAGAGAAUUUGUAUGUUUAUCUAGCUGCUUUAAAGGCACUUUAACAGUUUUUUUGUUACCUGCUACUACAGGUAAAUUACUAUAUAAUGUACUAAAUUGACACAAACACUGCCUUAUGCAAAAUGGCAUUAUCAGACUACUGAUAUGGUUCUGAAGUACGAGUUUAAUACAUAACGAGGCCGCAUUUUAGACACAAUGUAUUUUAACUGCUCUUCUGAUAAUGCACAGCCACAUCAAAACAGACGACAGACGAAGCUCUUUCAGUGUUGCAGUCGGUUUCUUGUGUGUUGAUGGUGUUUUCAAUUUUGUUUUGAUAGAAAUGUCUGAUAAUGUGGUAUGGUUCUUAAUUUCCAUAAAGCUUUACGUGAUUGCACUCAUUGUUAUUACAAAAUUACAAUAUUGUCUACUAAUUUAAAAUAUAAUGGAAUAAAAAAACAAACAUUAAGUUUAAAGCACAAUCAGUGACAAACAAAUGUAAUUGUUUAAUGCAGAACUGUUAUUCAUUGUAUUGUUCCCAGUUCACAUUAAUAAACGUUUUACUGUCCAUACGAUCAA